GCACAUUAUGUAAACGUCCCCGUGUUACUGCCAGCACGUAAGAAGCAGAAAAAUGGCGGCAAAACAGCUUGCUAUGCUGAGUUGUUCGAGUGGUGGUUGUGUUCGUGUUGAUAGCCGCUUUUAAAAGUCCUCCUUAAUAUGGCAACCAUAUUUGGUGAUGAUGGGGUUGACGACCUGUUCAAUGACAACCACACCAUUGCCAAUGAAGGCGACGACGACCAACUGCCCAGCGAUGGUGAGCCAGACAAUGGUGAGAAAUUGUUUGGUGAUGAUGCGGAUGCUGAUGAAGCCGGUGCAGGCGGGGAAGCCAUCAAGGUGGAGCCCAAAAAGCGUGCUGUUCGCAAUCCGCGACCGCGACUCACCGUAGACAAGCUGCGCGGACCACGUGGUCUGCAUACCAUCGAAAAUUAUUUCAAAGAUAUUAAAUACAAGGGUAAGGGCCAUGAGAAAGCCGACUUGGAUGAGGUACUGCGACGUCUGCAGCAUUGGGGACACCGCAUGUAUCCCAAUUACACCUUUGAUGAUGUGCUCAAUAAUAUCGAACGGCUGGGCAAGAAGAAACCUUUGCAGGUGCAUAUGACACGCUAUCGUCUUGGCCAGCUCGAUGAGCUUAAUUUGCAGGACGAAGUACGUGAUGAGCAGGCCGAUGAUGAGGAUGCAGAUGGUGCAGCUGCAGAGCCAUUUGACGAGUUUGACGCUUUGCUGGGAGAACAAAUUGCCAUGUCCAAACUGGCGCCACGCACACCAGCUGUCAACAAACGCAACACUUCUGUUAACAGCUCGAACAGCACUUUGGUAACGCCUUCGUUCUCACGCCAUGCCGUGGUAUCGACACCCUACUCUGUAGCACCUCCGUCUGCUCAUGAUAUGAGUGACUAUGGUCAGCCCUUGCCACCAUCUCAACCUGCAACGCCAUCGGCUCAGAAGUUGUCAUCCGAUCAAAUGGCGCGUAUUGCGGAGAAUCGUCGCCUCGCGCAGGAGCGCUUACGUGCCAAGCAAAUGGAAGCAGCUGGCGCACAGGAGCCUGUAUAAAAGUAGUGCUAACUGUUGCUAUGAAUAAGUAGUUUUAAAAUAAUCAUUGGUAUUUAUUAUUUUGUGUCUCACUCCUUAAGCAUAUAUGUAAGUAGUUUAAGCAAUAAAUUAAUAUUCGUACAGAAA